AUGGCAUCUCAAUCGCUCCUUCUCGCCUUGUUGACUGUCCCAGGUGCCCUGGCAUACCCAUGGGUUGCCGAAGUUCCAGGCGUCAACUCCAUGUCGCUCCCAGCUCGCUCUAUCCGCAACCGCCACGUCGAAGCAAGAGACUCCCUACAAUGCCCAAAUAACCCAAACCACGUCCCAGCCGCUCCCAUCACUUCACAAUACCCGUACCUGGGCGCCAUAAACGGCAAGAACGGUACCGGAAAGGGAGGAAUCCUCGUUCCAGCCCCAGGCGAUACCGUUCAUUACUACCAGGAGCCGGGCCCGCUCGAUAUUCGUGGACCGUGCCCUGGAAUCAACACCAUGGCCAACCACGGCUUUUUGGCUCGUGAUGGAAUCACUACUUGUGAGUUGUCGAAGCCUGUACUCGAAGUCCAAUCCCCGGAUUGACCGAAAGACCAGACAAUGAGCUCGUGGACGCGCAGCAGAACGUCUUCAACGUUGGAUAUGACCUUGCCAACCUGCUUGCCAUUGCCGGUGUUGGCUUGGUACGUCCAGUCCACCCUAGAUGACAUCCUGCGACUGCUGACAGCUUGAGCAGGACGGUGAUCUUGUUGGGACCGGGAAGCUGUCCAUUGGUUGUGAUGCAACAUCUCGAACUGCCACGCCUGGCAACGUUCUUGCUGACGAGCUUGGAUUGGACGGGUGAGCGAAGCAAAUCGUGGGAUGCACACUUGUUCAAGACACCUGCUAACCCAUAAUUAGCCACAACCACUUUGAAGGCAUGAGGAUAUCGGUCUGUCGUGAGAUCGAUCUUUAAAGUCGCUGACCAACGAUUAGGCGACACUUCCCUCACCCGCAACGACUACUUCCUUGCAGAGGAGCCAGGCAACAACUACAAGUUCAACGCAACCGUGAGACAUAUCUCAAACCCACUCCCAGUGCUCCCUCACUAAUAUCUCCCCUAGCUCUUCACGGAAAUGAUGUCCUACUGCAACGGCAACUGCGAUCUCCAAGCCCUCGCCCUGUACCGCGAAAAGCGCUACAACGAAUCCGUAGCCCAAAACGGCAACUUCUUCUUCGGCCCCGGCUCCCUUCUCCUCUACGGUGCUGCAAGUUUCCUAUACGAGCUCUUCCCCACCGCCAACGGUACCGCAGACGAGCAGACCAUGAUGUCCUUCUUCGGCGCCAACAAGACCUCCGACGGCGAAUACGUUUUCAACGGCGGAGAGCGAAUCCCACCGAACUGGAGAAGUCGCGUGGAUCCUUACGAUAACAACCAGGUUGGAGGACAGAUUUCGGCGAUGUACCAGCUUCACGUAAGUCUCCGCUUCUAGUCCUCUGAGAAGAUUUUGCUUUAUACUGACGACUUCUUCACAGCCUGUGCCUUUCGGUGGCAACGUUGGACCUGACAACUUCCUUGGUCUCAACUACUCUUCUUACAUCAGCAACGGCAAGCUGAAUGAGCAAACCGGCUCGGACGCCAUGUGUCUGAUCUACCAGACUUUGACUGCGGGUUUCCCAGCCGAGCUCGGCCAGCUCAUUGACAUUCCGGUCGCAGUGCAGAGCGCCAUCGCCAGCGAGCUAGACCCAAUGUUCGCAAACUUUGGAUGCCCAAGGAACCACAACUCCGGCAGCAGUGUUUCGGGCUCUUAA